AUGGCCUCUGAAUUCAUCGGCUACAAUGUGCUGGUGACCCUCCGAGCACCUCCAGGCGCUACUGUCCAGGGGGUGGUUGCGGAUGUCAUCGGUCAGCGCUUGAUGCUGCAAAAUGUUUCUUUGUCAUGGAUCGGUUACCCAGUCCCGGCAUAUUCCAUCGAAGCACCAGACAUCUCGGAUCUUUCCUUGAAACCAUCUGAUAGACCAGGCACGCAAGCCGCGACUACACCGCAAGUAACCAGGAAUGUGGCACCCCCAAUUUCGAGAAACCAAACACAGCAACAGUUCGUGGACCCAGCGAUUCUAAGUUUCUCAAAACCUUCGAAUGAGGUUCAUCCGAGCGCGCAACUUCAAUCGAGCUUGAUAGAUGGCCCAAGCGCCCGGCAAUAUCCUGCGCAGCAGAGCGCAUCUCACCAUAUAUCCCACGCAACGCCAGCUACUCUCACCGAGCCAUUCAGUAACCUAGAACUGAAUGUGAGCAGUAUUCCAACCCCGCAAGUGGAGCCGGAGAAAGAGCUACAGGCUCCCCCUCUCCACGCGGUUAAAGAGCCCCCGAUUCAUGCCGCCAGUCGUUAUGGCGCGGUCCGUGGUCGUCGCGCAGGAAAACAGAAGGGGCAGAAUGUCUACAACGAACACAAUGGGGCCCUUAAUACGAACCCAAAGACCAAGGGCUGGCGCCAGACUGCUUUUGUCGAACCUUCUAGUCCAAGCGUGUUGAACUCCUCGCAACCGUAUAAGGAGAGGGGGACACUCAAUAAUAAACGACGGCAGAAGAAAACUAAAGGUUACCCGGAAGAAAUCAAUGGAUGGGCGACCGAGGAGGCAACAGACAUCCAGGAACUGGGCGAAUUUGAUUUUGCGAGUAACCUUUCCAAAUUCGACAAGAGGCGGGUGUUUGAAGAGAUCAGGAACGAUGACACAACUGCCGAUGAAGCACGGCUAGUUAGCUUCAACAGAAGGGUUCCAAAGCCCGGAACCAACGGAGGCCGGAACUUACACUGGACGGAAAAUGUUCUUGACGAUAGCCCGGAGGAGGAGAGUGACAAUGGAGCCACCGACCAUGAACCAAGCGAUGCGAAACUCAGCAGCGGGACCUUUUCUGGACGCGACUUAUCAAGGCUGUCGGUACGUGGCCGAGCGUCUCGGAAAGGAAGCGGGAUCCUUGGACAACCGCUUAUUCCAGCACAGAUCAAUACCGUCGGGCGCCGUCAGUUGAGCGGCUCUCGAACAAAUAGCCCCCUUCCUACAAAGACACACGUUUCAGCGUCGCCAAUUACCGGACCUAGCGUGUCGAACGCCACAUUACGACUUGCGACUACAAACAGAAGCUGUCCAACUGUCAGCCCUCUACAAAUUCUCGAAGUCGAGCAGUUAGCGAUUGGCGAAGUGGGCCUGACUGAGGAUAUGAUUACUGAGAAUGCUGGAAGGAGUAUUGCGGAGGCGGCUGUCGGCCUUCUAAAUAGCGAUGCAGCUGCACCUACCAUCUUGGUUCUCGUUGGGAACCAUCGGACUGGAGCGAGGGCCAUUUCUUCUGCUCGCCACCUGCGGAAUCGCGGCCACCGUGUAACGGUGUGUAUGUUAGGAAUCGAACAAGAAGUCGAAUUGCUUGAGAGCUGCCGUAAACAGGUUGAGAUUUUCAAGAAGAUGGGCGGCCGUUUCCUGAGAUGGGAAGAACUCUCUCCAAGACUUUCAACUUCUGAAUUCGAACCUGAUUUGGUUUUGGACGCACUAUUUGGUAUUCAUCUCACGUUCAACGACUUGCGAACGGAUGACCAAGCAACUGCGUUUCAGAUGAUUUCUUGGGUUAAUCGGAGCGAACUCGAUACGUUAUCUGUUGAUGUCCCGUCUGGCAUAUCCGCGACUACUGGAGAAGUGACGGUCGUCGAGAGUGGACAACUGCGUGUUGAUUCGAAAUCGAUUGUCUGUCUUGGAGCGCCGAAGACUGGGCUAGUCAAUGCUCUGCUAGCUGGAGAGGGAUCUUCUUGGAAUCUCUCUGUCGCGGACAUUGGAAUUCCUCAGAUAGCCUGGCGAAAGUUUGGCACUCGUCGACGACAUGGUAUUGAUUUCGGAAACCGAUGGAUCGUAUCUCUACGUUACCAACCAUCCGUUCCUUGA